AUGGUAGAAACAGUGCGAAUGUCCUACCCUUUUAUACUUGCUAAAAGUCCAGCGUCUUUCCGUUUCUCAAUAAUUCGGUCACGUUGAACUGGCCUAUACACAUGUCCCCUAACCCGUCAACAAUCACAUCAUUUAGCUUGGCUUCAAUCCGAGAGACACAUCUCUCUCGUCUGCUCUCGGUGACUCCGGAACUCAAAACUCUACGAUGGGUGUUCAACUACAGCGAAGAAGCCAAACAUGCGCCAAAUACAUCCCUGGUUGAACUUGAUAAGGUUGGGACCUCUCUAUUUCACGUUCGCAAUACGUUAACAGAGUUGACUAUUUCCACGCAAUGUGACAGUUGGAGGUACCUUUACCCUCCACUUCUGAACACAAAGGGAUCUUUAAAUGCUCUCGUUGGUUUCUGUCAACUAGAAAGGCUUGAGAUCCCAUUGCAGUUCUUGGCAGCUAGUUUCAUACCGGCCACCGCGGUCCAGCUCAAAGACGUGGCUCCUAGGCAUAUUCAGUCCUUGAUUAUCGCCGCCGACAACUUAGAAGAGCAAGAAGAGAAUGAAUAAGAUGAUACGGCGCUUUACAACAUCAUCGCACUAUGACUGGAAGACUGGAGUGCCCUUAAACCUGAUCUGCGCACUAUUUCGCUUUUGUUAGAGCUAACGGAUGCGGACUGGCCCCGGUAUGAGACACGCACUUACAUAAUUGUGGGAUUAAUGCGGAUUCGAGGCUAGGACCAUCAAGAUAUUGAAGGAUAUAUAAUUGAAACCUUUAUACGGAGCU